CCAUAGCAACCGGAAGUAAAAGUAACAAAUUAUUUUCAUUUCCGUUGAUUUCCGUAGGAAAGAGGAAUAGGAAAUACCGUUUCAACUUCUGAUCCAGCUUCAGAAACCUGAUUCUUUUAUAAUUUUAUAUACAAAAUGUCGAUAAUAGAAGUAGUUGAACAUAACGAAGUAAUUUACACUAUUUUGAAACAACCUCCACCGCCCCAGCGGAAAACUCCCAGAUACCAAUCCAAGCUAGAGAAAGAGUUGAAAGCGACAAAGAUUCCAAAGCGGACCGGCGGAUUAGGGUUCGCAGAGACACCUUUGAACCCCCCAGACAAAUUCCUCAAGAAAGGCGAAGGCGUACCCCCGCCUAGGAAGCAGGCUACUCACAAAUGUGUCCCUAGCAAGAAUCUACCGCCUGUCUUCAAGAGAUCAGACAUGAAGAGCCCACCAGAAAAACCGACAGUUAAUUUUAAAGUACUGAACAUUAAAAAGGCUAUUAAGUCUAAACCUAAACCCAUAGUACCAAGGCUGGUGGACACUCGCAACGGCCACACCAAGCCCAUCAAGGGCUCGGGCGAGGUGCCGGAGAUGUGUCUGCGGCGGGGCUUCGGUCAGCUGCCCACGUACUUGGCCAAGCGCGUGCGACGCCAGCACCGGCGCUUGAAGGCCAAAAAGGACGAGGAGGAUAACCGCGAGAGCCUGUGCAAGCUGGUCGCUGAUGAGGAGCGACAGAAGCUGCUUGAUGAUCUAAAAGCAAACUGGGCGAUAAUGCAGAAGGCUUUCCUUCAGCUGCCGAUGUUGACCGACACUAUUCCAAAGAUUAACAAGAAGGCGAAGAUGGAACAAGACCUCAAACAGUUGGAAAAGGACAUCGCCCUCGUUGAGAAUAACCCUUACAUCUACGUGUUUGAUGACCAACUGCCGGGCCCUGAGAAUGGUGGCCACUAAACGUGGAAUACUACGCAUUAUACACGUAAUAUAGGAUUUGUCCAGGGUGUUCCAAUAAGGUUAGGUCAGGUAUAAUCCAAAAAUUUUGGUCAGAUAAUGAGUUUACCUGCUCACAAAAUAAGGCCAUUUGCAUGACGUGCU